UUACUGAUUAUUUCUGUGUCAUUCAGAGAUGACGUGACAUUCAUUUCGAAAAUGGCGUCCGGUGGGAGUGAAGACAAAUCAGAUGAGAUAGUCAAUUUUAAAUGUUCGCCGUGUGUGGCUAAUAAUCGGAAUAGAGAAGUUGUGAAAUAUUGCGUGGAAUGUCAGGGAUAUUAUUGUCAGUCCUGUGCUGACGUUAUGCAUAUGAUGCCUGGUGUAAAAGGUCACACGCUUUUGGAUAAGUCAAAUCGUAAGUACCCAGGGCUCCCAGCAGGAUUACCAGAAGUACCGACGGAGAGAUGUAGCAUUCAUGAGACAAAGAUCGUGGACAUGUACUGUGGUAACCAUGAUGAGGUUUGUUGUACCACUUGCAUGGCUUUAAACCACAGGUCUUGUGCUGAUGUCCAAUCCAUUCCAGAUAUUGUUGAUUGUAGACUUCAACUGACAGAUGUUGACAAAAUAUACCAAAAUAUGCAAGGUAUGAAAAUGAAGAUGAAGGAGAUUAUUAACACUAGACAAACACUGAUAGAAGACUUAAAGAAGUCAAAGACGGAGGCAAUAAUGGAGAUAAAGGACUUUCGAAAAAACAUGGGAACAAUUCUGGAACAAUUAGAAAAAGAAUCGAUUAGAGAAUUGGAGAUGAAAUUCAUAGAAGAAGAGUCGAAACUGCUGGAAGAGAAGAAGAAAGCAGAGGCUGAAUUGGAUGGUUUGAAACAAGCAGUAAACGACUUGAAGAAAUCAGAAGGAAACAAAGCCCAAAAAUUUGUCUCCAUGAAAAUGUCCUUGAAAUGUAUUGCAGAAACAGAAGACGUAUCUCGUUUAUUACAAACAAGUGUUGACGCAAAAAUAUCAUUUAGCUUUGAUUCUACUAUACUGGAAUUUCUUCAGCAGUUGAAAACUUUUGGAUCGGUCGAACAUGAUUCUAUCAGUGCUUUACGAUCGCCAAGGACAACCGUCUAUUCUGUUAAAAGAAUCGAGAAUUUAAACACAAGAGUUCAGAAUGACAGCAACAAAUGUUCUGUGUAUGGCUCCAGUCUUACAGAAGAUGGAUCACUACUGAUAGCUGAUUGUAACAAUAAAAAGAUUAAACGUGCAGAUAUUGUAAAAAUGUCAGUGACAGAUUAUUGCUGUGUUCCUUCUGGACCUAUUGGCGUUUGUUGUACAAGUAAAAUAGAAGCUGCAGCCUGCCUUGACAAUAGAACUAUUCAGUUUAUCACCCUUCGUAAGAACAUGCAAAUCAUCCGUCAAAUAAAAGUGAACCAUGAUUGCUUUGGCAUUGCUUGUAAGGAUGAUAAGUUAUACAUAACUGACAACUCCUACUCAUUAUACAUUUAUGAUACGACAGGUAACGUGCUGCAGACGGUAACUCAAGACAACGCCGGGCAAUGGCUGUUCGCAAAUUCCCGAACUGUUGCUUUCAGUGAUACUGAUGAUAAACUGUUUGUUGCUAGUUGGAAUAUAGGUGUGGUUAUUAUUGAUAGACAAGGUUACCACUGUCAGACAUUUACUGAUUCAGAGUUACAGUGGGCAAGUGGGGUCUGCACAGAUCGUAGAGGAAAUCUGUUUGUGUCCGGAUACUGUUCAAAUAACGUGAUACAGAUAGGGAGAGAUGGAAAGAAAAUAGGAGUGGUCGUGAACUCAUCUAAUGGACUCGAAAAUCCAGAAUCAAUUUGUUUUGACACAAGACAAUGCAAAUUAUUGAUUACACAACGCAACGAUACUGUCAAAGUCAUCUGUUUGCAUUAAAGUGUAUUUAUCUGGCAAUAGUUUACUUGAUAUUUUUCUUGUUCUGCAUUUUUGCACAAUUGACAAUGUGUACGGUUUUAAAAACGUUGUUUAAAGCAGCGCAAUAUUGAAAUUAUUUUUAAUAGCUUAACUAUUCAUAGAAUAUGUGAAGUGUUUUAUUGCGUUCAGCUACCACAGCGUACUUUUGUCAUUCCCAGACAGUACUGUCUAGUGCCAGGAAGACGUACACUGCAUCGUAUGUUGUUUUCCUUAUUACUUCUAGAUGUUUCGAAUGAAGUGUUGUACGAGUGUUACUAUGUCUCCUUCAUAUCUAUUCAGACUUUUAACGGAAUUUUGCGACACGGCGUUUACACGGGCAGAACCACACUGCAAUAGUUAGAAUUCGGUAAGAAAACGAGAAAUAGUAUCGAUUAAACUUUGAUCUCUGCGUUAUGAACUUUAAGCUGUAGGGGAAUGUUAUUUUUGUGAAUGACGUUUUUAAUUCCACUGAACUUCUGUACGUUGCUUUUUAUUUGUCAAGUACAUAAUGUAAAUAUUGUCUUGAGAAAAAAUGUCGAGUUUUUUUUGAAUAUCUUUUUGUUAGUUAAUUUGCCUUUUUUUUGUUGUGUUCCAUAUUUGUGCUUGAAACAAUAAAAGAACGAUGAUACACUGAUGAAAAGUCAGGAUUUCGAAACUAUAAAGGUUAAAAGUCAAAACUACUAUGGUGAAAAGUCAAAACAACGAAACUACGAUGGCAAAAGUCGAAAAUUUUCGUACUUUCAACAUCGUAGUUUUGACUUUUCACUGUCGUACUUCCGUCGUAGUUUCGAGUUUUCAGCAUCAUAUAAACGCCAUCCUGAUGCCCAUGCGCAUAUGUCUGUUUACCAUUACACGAGGUAUUGUCCGUAUGUACUGACCUUGCAUUCAUGGAUUUUCCAUAUAUUUCCGUAAAUUAUUUUUCGGUGUCCGAAACAUGAAAAGCGAUAUAAAUAUAGCAAACAAGUUUCUUAUUUUUCAUGAUAUCGCAUGUGCAGGUGCGGACAAACUGUUUCGCUGUCAAUCUCGGGACCGUGGAUUCGAGUCGUAAGUCUGACCAUAUUUUGUUUUUCAAAUGUUAUCUGAAAAGUUACUAGUACCAACAUACAUUGUCGAACCUAUCGGAUCAAACAUUUCAUGAUUUUUUGUUGUUUAUUUAUCGAAAGAAAUACAUUUUUAUACAAGUUAACCGUUUUAGAAUAUAUCGAAUAAAAAUCUUUUAGAAUAUCUUAACAAGAUUAUUUAUUUGUCAUCAGCGUUUCCAGAAGAUAAAUACCACAAGAUAAAACAAUUACAUUCUUUAGAUAAUGUAAGAUUAAAAUAUUGUCUGAGAUGACUUCAAAUCCGUGGUAACGUAUGUGAGUCAGACACCUUACCACUUCACCACCAGGUCAUACAUACAGGUUAUUUUAGUAAUUUAGAUAUUUUCAAAGAUACAAAUAUUUGCAUGAAGUAACGAAAAAUAGAACAUAAUUAUGUCGUCUGAAGAUGAAGGCUAUUUUUUUGUACAUGUAUAAAUAUACAUUUGUUUAGGUUGACGUUUUGAUCUGCAUGAA